GAAGUUGGUGGCGACGACGUAAAAUUUUUCCUGGUUUUUAACAUGAGCCUGAAAAUGAAGAGCCAAGCGAGCAUAUGGACACCACAUUUAUUAGUAGUCUUCAGUCAUGUGUGUGUGUUGUGUGUUGUGAAGCGUGAACAAUCAACGAACAUGCCAUGCCCAUGCCAAACACGUUAGCGUAGUCGUAGAUGUAUCCGGCAGGAUAUUUUGCUGACUGACCAAUGGAGAUGAAACACGAAACCGCUGUCAACAAGAGUGUCAUGCACAAAGGCUAGCUUCUUUUCUGCAUCACGAUGCCUCAAGAGUUUCAUGUAGUUCGGUGCUAUGCUUGUGAGGUGUUUCAAGUUCAACAGGUCAAAAAGAUCUCCAAGUGGCAGUGUAAGAUGUGUGGUGAAAAGCAAUCACUGAAAAAGGUGUAUGGACGAGGCACUGGGUCUGAUUGCAGACGACAUGUUCAGAAACUCAACAUGACUGCUGGUGAGAGUCGCGAUACACCUGGAGGUUCUGGAUCAUACGAUCAAAGUGUUAUCCCAAAUUGUGUCCAUAGAGAUGAAGAACCAAGAGUGUCGCAAGAUAGACCAUGUUUUGAAAAACCAAAGCAGGUUGAAAAGGGAACAUCUAAAUGGAAAACAUUCAUGAAUGAUGAGGAGGAAGUGGAAGAUGACGAAACGCCUGGGAGCUCCUUCCAAGAAGCUACCCAACACCCUUAUCUUGACAAUGUUGAGGUUACACUGAGCAGGCCAGAAAGGCAAAGAAGAGGUGGGAGGAAGAACGGUGGAUGGGACAGCGGAAGAAAGAGGAAAAGAGAUUUGGAUCAGGACACGCCUGAGUACCCUAGCGGUCAGCAAAAUAGAAAUACAUCUUUCAGAAAUGUAAAACCGAGUGACGUUAACAAUGAGGAAAAUGUCCUUCCUAGAGUUCCUUAUCCACAUUGUCAAGUUGCAAAUGCAUCCCAUGAUACUUCCAAAAUUACUGAUGGUGUAAAAUUUACUGAAGAAUCCGGAGCUUCAGCUGGUGACCUCAGAUUGAAACCAACACAGAAUCAUAGUACAACUUGUGGAGAAACAAAAAAGUUGACAACUAAACCCAAACCGGAAGCUAGCAGCAAGUGGGGGCAGUUUCUUCAAGAUGAGGAGGAGGAGGAGGAGGAGGAGGAAGACAGUGAUUUCCAAAACUCUUCCACCACGACUCCAACCUGGAGCAAUAUGCCAAAAGCUUUGGCUGUCGACUUCAGACUGAAACCAAAACAGACAAGUACAACUUGUAGAGAAACAAAAAAGGCAACAACUAAAACCAAGCCAGAGACUAGCAGUAAGUGGGGGCAGUUUCUUCAAGAUGAGGAGGAGGAGGAGGAGGAGGAGGAGGAGGAGGGGAGUGAUUUCCAAAGCUCCACCACUAGGACCCAAACCUGGAGCAGAGAUGUGCCAAACGUUAACAAUUCCCUACAACACCACUACAAUGAUACAAGUUGUGGACUCCAAUUUCGAUACAGUGGACAACUAACUGAAAAUCAAGGCAAACCUCAUACUUAUCCUGAUGGUUUGGCAAGACAAGCAACCAGUAUUGAAGUUAAACCGCUGGGAAGUUACACUGCAGGAGAUGUGACAGAGAAGAAUCAAAAUCAAGGAGCGAAUAUGGCAAUUUUCUCGAUACAGGAUGAAAAUCUGUUGGAUUUUGGUGACGAGUGGUGAUGUAAACCCAAGAAUCUGGAAAUAUUGUGAGUUUACACGUGGCUCAGUUUACAUAGAUUGAUAAUUCUGGUGAUGACACUUGUUUCCUUGUGUGAUGACAAUAAUGUUAUGUUAAGGAAUUGAUAAGGCUGAUGCCGAAUAAUUGGCUGUUGCUAUGGUGUACUGCUGCUAUGGUUGGACUCUGAUGCAUACAACACAUCAAUGCAGUGCAACAGAGACUGGCUUCUUACAAAGGCUUUAACGUCCGUUUAAAACCUUGCAGGAUCAUUGCUGUGCGAUAAAAGCCCUGCCUUCGGCUCGGGCCUUUAUCAGACGGCAACGACCCUGCCGGCUUUAAACGGACGUGAAAGAACUCGUCGCUACCCUUUAAUUCCCUUAUUUAUAAUGGGCCAUCUGUCUAGUGUACAUGACAAGACCCUAUUCUGAGGCGCAGAAUUUUUCAACAGGGCUUGUCUGGGAGAGUAUGCCUUUGGUAAUUACUCCAAAAAUUAAUAACCCUAAAAAUUCACUCACUAAGCACUGUGGAGUUGCUGACAUUUUGAAUCCUUGUUUGAGUUGACACCCUUUGAAGUAAUAUAGUUUUAGAGAAAGGUAAUUUUUUUCAAAAUUACAUUAUUGUUCCACGCUUUAGGGACUGUGAUACGCAUAGAACAAAAUGGAAGAAAGUGCAUUCUGAAUAUGAUGGAAUUAAAGUAAUGACCACUAUGAAAUAUUACAGUCACAAUGCAAAAACUUUCAAUGGUUGGAACAAAUUUAUUCAUGU